CUGCUGACAGAGAAUGACUCUACUGGAAUUAAUUCUUAUUUUGGUGCUUCAGUUUGAAGGCAUCAGUGGAGCAGACAUCUUUCCCUACCACAGACCUGGAGAUGAGGCCAUUCUGCCCUGUGACGAUGUUUCAUCCUCUGACAGAGUUUGUUCCAGAGUUUACUGGCUUCACAGCAGAGAUCCGUCUCAGACCUUUGAUCUGGUUCAGAAUGGAAAUGUGAAUAAGUCAGCCCGAGCUGCCAGGCUGAGUCUGGACACUAACUGCUCUCUGGUAAUCAACAACAUCACUGCUGAGGAUGCUGGUUUAUACACCUGUCAACAGAGCGAUAAAGAGGACAUUAAUGUGCACCUAAGUAUUAUGACAAUCUUGCCAUCUCCACCAGAUGCUGAUGCAAAGAGAGACGGUAAUGUCACAUUAGAGUGUUCUCUGCUGAGAUACAGUCAAUUUGGUUGUCGACCGAACAGCUUCCGCUGGGUGGAUGAGACAGGCACUGUGCUGCUUGGUGAAGGUGUCGGAUACGAGAUCAUCGGACAGACAGACUGUGUCUCUGUUCUGACUGUGAAGCGUCAGAGUGGCCACAACAGGAGAUUCACCUGCCAGUGGAUCAAUAAGAACAAUAAAGUCCGGAUAGAGGCUCACUACACACCUGUCUUCACAGAAGGGAUAAAUGAUGAUCAGCCAGAAAAGUCCAAUACAGGAUGUACCACAGAUUGGUCUCCUCUGGACUACGUCAUGUUGACUCUGCGUAUUGCAGGACUUCUCCUGAUUACUGUAAUUGUUGUUCUUCUCAUCAAAGGCAGAGGGAACAAAACACCACCUGAUGAAAACAACGAGCAUGACGAUGGCGAUGAAGUCAAGUAUGAAAAUGUAGAAGCACCUUCUGCUGCUACCUGACUGCACUGAUCAACAACCUUAAUAUCAACAUAAAAAAAGUAAAAUGUCAUUUUACAUGAGUGAUCAAAGCUUUGAGAUAAAAUGAGAGUUUUUGAUAUUUUUUACAUUUACAAUAUAGAUUUAAGUAUUUGCAAUUUUAAAAAAAGUCACUUGUGUUGACAAACCAACAAGGAAUUAAAACCAGCUCUGCAGCUUUACUGAGCUUUUUGUCUCUUUCAGCUCAUAGUUUUAGUUUCAGGUACAUUUAGUUUCAGGUUCAGUCAAUUGAUCAGGUGACAGAAAGACUCCAACUGGAUGAUAUUGUUGCUCUGUGUCUGCUGGAAGUGUAAAUAGGCCACCAAUUGACAGCACAAUAUUUAGCAUGUAAUAAAAUAUGAUGAGUAAUACAACUGUACAUUGUUCCUAAGAGUGCUUUCUUUACACUCAUUCUUUGUAUAAAAUAUAGAAAUAAGGUUACAUACAGUACAGGAUUUUUAUAUGUUUUUACACUGUUGGAUGUUUUGGCAAUGUUCAUGAAUGUGUAAGUUUAAAAAGGGUUUGUGUUAUGAUGGUUUAAGGAAGCUACAUGAAGCUGAAUUCCUUCCUCAAGUCAAACUCUUCAGAAGCCAGUUUUGCUUUAACCAAAGUUGAGAAUGUUAAAAAGGUAGACUACAGCUUUACUUACACAGAAAUUAAAUGUACAGUUGGAUAAAAAUGUAAAUGAU